AACUUCGUGUCACUGUUUUUCUGUCAAUCGGAAUGUCUUGAAUAAAAAACUUAUCAACUCAUAUCAACUUUAUUAACUAAAAAUUGGACUUUGAAAAAGGGACUACGGGUCUUUAAAAUACAUUAGUGCAACAAUGGCUUCCACUGCGGUAGACGUACCAGCUGAAACUUCGGCGGUUAGGGAGGAUAUGGUCCAGACAGCUAUAAAGUUUCUAGAAAAUCCUAAUGUAGUAAAUACACCCCUUGCUCAAAAACAGAAGUUUCUACAGAGGAAGGGUCUGACUGACCGAGAAAUACAGUUAGCUUGCGAGAAAGCAGGGGCUUAUGUUCUACAUGAACGACAGAACCGUCUUCCUCCCCCGUUACCGCAACCUAGUGCAAUAAGUAGAUAUCCUAUGUAUGGCCAACCAAUGCAACUGACACUGUUUGAUAGGAUUAGGGAGGUGGUGCAUAACAUUGCUUUAUUUAGUAUUGUUGCAUAUGUAAUUCACAAGUUUUACGAGAGAUAUAUAGCUCCAUUCUUAUUUGGCAAAAAGAAAAAAUCCAUCGAAGAUACCAUUGACGAACUAGACGGAAAUAUCAAAACUUCCGUUAAUGAACUGAAAGAAGAUCUGCAGAGUGUAAAAGUAGAAGUUGAUAAGAUUAGCAGCAGUAACGAAAGUCAAACUAAUAGACAACUCGUAGAAUUAAAGUCUGAGAUUGCCAGUGUUAAAGGGCUUCUAUUAGGCAGGAAACAGUUUCCAUCGGUAGCAAACAGUCCCGUAGUACCUCCAUCUAUUCCAGCAUGGCAAAUGUCCAGUGUGCCACCUGACAACAUCGAUGAGCAGGAUGACCAUGAAGAGAGGAAGGAAGAUUUAGAAGAAUUAGGCUCAGGCUCCGGAUCGUCGGAACCAGAACAUGGAAUGAAAACGAGUGAAUCUAGUUUAGAAAUAAUAACACACGAUGAGCAAUAUUAAAUCAUGCCGUAAUUUUCAAACAAAAAUAUUCCUCAAGGGAUUGUGAUUCGGAGUCCUGCCAUAGCCGGAAAAGUACCAAGGACGAUAUCGAUAAAGACUAGGAUAUUCCAUUUCAGCUCAUCUUCAAUUUUUAGAUACUUAUUUUAAUAAGUUACCUUUUAUAUUUAUAGAUAUUAAAUGUUAUAUUUAUUUUUAACAUGACAACAGUUUUUUUGAUGAAUUUACGCCCAAAUUACCACCAUUUUAAAAUCUGUUAAGAUUUUACGUUGUGAUUUAGAUAUAAUUACCUCGAUUUGUAUGGUUUUUAUUUGAAUUGUUAACUCACACAGAUUAAUUGUUUGUUGAGUUUUCCACAAUCUGCUUAGAAUUCGUUUGUUUCUUGUUUGACAACAAGAAACAAACACAUUAUAUUUUCAAACAUAUUUUCCUUAAAUGACAAUGUAUCACAUGUGAUACAUAAUUUGACACCACUUGGUAUGUUACUAUACCCUGUUUUUAAACCAGGAGGAGUAAACUCAAAAGACAGAUUCACACAAAUACAUCUGCUUUUUUGAUUGAUCAUGUCGGCCUUCGACGGUAAUCCAUAAUAGUCUGGGCAGAUUAUUGGAGAAUAGGCCAUUUUUGGGAAAAGUUAUUUACCAGCAAUUUUAUUGCUGGAAUCGAAUCUUAUGAUUGUAUAUAUUAAUAAUAUAGGUAUGCAAAGUCCGCAGAUAGUGUGCUACUUUUUUUUAUAAACAAAAUGGCGCCCGAAAAUCGUGUUUUUUUCAAUUUUUGUCCUAUAACUCCAAAGAUUUUAACUUUACACCAAAAACACCCAAAUAAAAAUUCACCGUAAUUACAUUCUGCAUAGAGACGUGUUUUUCCCGAUUUACUUUGACGAAAAUUUUCCCCGGAAAAUGCGGGUUUUUCCAACAAAAUCUUUAAUUUUCAACUAAAAUUUUAGAUAAGUAAUCAGUUUAUCAAUAGUUAAAUAACUUGGUAAUAUCAAAGCUCUUUUCGUAUGGAUUAUAAUUCCAGAAGCCGAUGGAAAUUGAAUGAACAGUUUAGCAACAAUUGAGUUGUUAAUUAAAAAUUUACGGUGGCUAUAAUAACCACAAUAAUUAUGAUACAUAAAAAUAACUAUGAUUUUUGUAUAAAAAGACACUGUACCUAUCUAAUGUACUUUGCAGAAUUGAAAUUGGACUAUUUAAGCGGCCUCAGGAAUAUUUUACAAUUAUAAACAAUUUUUUUGGCUUAUAAACAAAUAGAAUAUCUCGGGAAAUAUUAAAUUAAAUUAAAUCACGAGAACGCUAUUGAAAAAAAAGCGGCAGGACGCUUCUUUUAAAAGAAAAAGCGUUUAAUUGUGAUGAGUGGGUCCUGAGAUACAACCAGUCAAAGUUGACCGGCAUUUACGACAAAGAUAUAAACAAUAGGGUCAUAAUUUUCGGACCAUCACCUUUUUAUUUCGGUCCUCUUUCUCCACACCAAUUUUCAUAUCUUUAAAUACUCAUAACAUAUAUUAUUAUAAUUAAAAACUAUCGAUAUUACGAGUCAAAAUUGCCAAAAAUAGCAAAAUUCCAAACAAAAAUUAGGUUGGAGAAAAUGUAAUCUCAAAGUUUAAAAUCCGUAUACGUUAAAAAAAUGCAUUUUCUCGGCUUCCCAUGGAGCAAUUUUCUUCAUUCUUCGGCAGAAAGAGGACCGAAAUAAAAAGGUGAUGGUACGAAAAUUAUGAUCCUAUUGUUUAUAUCUUUGCCGUAAAUGCCGGUCAACUUUGACUGGUUGUAUCUCAGGAACCACUCAUCACAAUUAAACGUAUUUUCUUUUAAAAAAAGCGUCCUGCCGCUUUUUUUUCCCAAUACCCUUUUCGUGAUUUAAUUUAAUUUAAUAUUUCCCGAGAUAUUCUAUUUGUUUAUAAGCCAAAAAAUUGUUUAUAAUUUUAAAAUAUUACUAAGGCCGCUUAAAUAGGAAAAAGGGUAUCUCAGGAACCACUUAUCACAAUUAAACGCUUUUUCUUUUAAAAGAAGCGUCCUGUCGCUUUUUUCCAAUACCGUUUUCAUGAUUUAAUUUAAUUUAAUAUUUCCCGAUAUUCUAUUUGUUUAUAAGCCAAAAAAAAAAUGUUUAUAAUUUUAAAAUAUUCCUGAGGCCGUUUAAAUAGUUCAAUUUCAAUUCUGUAAAGUACAUUAGAUAGGUACAGUGUCUUUUUUAUACUAUAUUACCAUUCUAUAUUACCAAGUUAUUUAAUUAUUGAUAAACAAUUACUUAUCUAAACUUUUAGUUGAAAAUAAAAUAUUUUGUUGGAAAAACCCGCAUUUUCCGGGGAAAAUUUUCAUCGAAGUAAAUCGGGAAAAACACGUCUCUAUGCAGCAUUUAAUUAUGGUGAAUUUUUAUAUGGGUGUUUUUGGUGUAAAGUUAAAAUCUUAGGAGUUAUAGAGAGCAAAAAUUGAAAAAAACACGAUUUUCGGGCGCCAUUUUGUUUAUAAAAAAAGUAGCACACUAUCUGCGGACUUUGCAUACCUAUAUUAUUAAUACAUACAAUUAUAAGAUUCGAUUCCAGCAAUAAAAUUGCUGGUAAAUAACUUUUCCUUGUAUUUUGCUAAUUAGCCCAGAGUAAGUAUUAUAUUAAAUUAAUACGUCGCUAAAUAGUUCUAAAAAUAACUGUUUUUUGUAUAAAAGCAGACUAUAAAUUUAAAAAUUAAAGGGACAACGCAGAAAACACAAAAAGCCGCCGAUAUAACUUAAUUGGCCUAUGAAAUGCCAAUACAUAGUAUCAAAAUUUCAUAAAUGUCAAUAGUGGCAACUUUUCAUAACAGUGGAAUAAACUUGCCUGAGGUCCAAUUACAAACAAGCAUUACGGAGCGGCAAAUUUGAAUUACUCGCUAGUUUAAUAGAAAUAGAAACAAAACAGAAGUAUUCUUUCACCGAGAAUUAGUUUUCGAGAUUUUUCAUAAUUCACUGGUCGUCAUUUUGAAACGAUCGGAUAAUUUUACAAUUGAAGACUAGCAAAUUACGCCCGCCUAACAUUUUGAAACGGCACAACUAAAAUAUCAGAAAAAUAAUGUAAUAUAAAGUAUUCUUAGUUCAGUCACCCAACAAAGAAAUUAUAUACUAUAUUCGCUAAACUCAGUGCCAACGUUGUUGAUUUAGGAUCUAGUAUACCUCUAAUGGAGAUUACUAAAAUAAUAAUUAUUAAAUAAAAAUAUCGUCGGCCUAAAGUGACAAAUGCAUAAGUCCAAAAUACCUGAUUUUGCAGGAGAGACAAACAACCAACGCUGCAUAACUUCCUUGUAUACAACUAAAUAUGUGAAAAUUGCACAAGUCCCUAAACAAUUUAAAUUCACGUUUUCAGUAAUCAUUUUGUUUAAUUAUCAAAUAAUCAUACUGUAGGUACACGCCUAUUUACAAUGAAAUACUUCUUAUUAUAUUGGGAAUUGGGACCUCGCAAGUUUCAUAGCGACGCCUGGUUUCAUAGCUCAGCAACAUUUUUCGCACUUUUAAUUAUAUUGGCCAAUUAUAUUAGUCCUGGUUGGUGGAUAAUUGUCAAUGCCAUAGCCCAAAAAAAUUAUAAGAAGAAAAAGUAAGAUUUAGGUUAUGUUAUUAAAAGGUAAACAAUAGGGAUGUUCACUAAUUUUUAAAUAUAGUUAAAUUCAAUAGAUUACAAGGCAUAUAAAAACGUAACAAUCAUAAAACUGUUUAAAAAUGUAUAUUUUUUAAGAUAAAUGAGUUCAUAAUGUUGAUUUUCUUGGAGGCUAGAAAAACGGUACCCUACAGCGAGGCUACGGUCUGUGACGUCAGCAGUCGUAACGUCUUUGAUCGACGACUAGUUUUGUAUACUUAUUUACUCAGUGUAUUUGAAUAUGCGCAGUUUUUUACGUAUUUAAUUAUUAAAAAUAAAGCCAAAUAAGUGGUGUUUUGUUCCUGGGUGUGUAAAUACAUCAAAAAACAGUUCUGACAAGAUUUUUAUUACCGUUCCAGCCAAUUUAAAACAGAAAAAGAAAUGGUUUGUUGCAGCUAGAACUUAAAAUAACUAACUUAAAGAACUAACUUGAUAAAAUAAACAGAAGUUUUCCAGAGACUUUCGGCCCUUGGUAAUAAUGUAAUUGUUCUUUCUGCAUUUACAUUUUUCAAAAAUACUUAUUAGUUUUCACAGGAUUCGAAAAAAAUGAACGAAUUUAAAUAGCAUUGGACCAAGAUUUGGCACCUACCCCCUUAAAGAGUAAAUGAAAAAGUUUCGGGACCUCAAAUUUGUAUUCCUUAAACUGGGAUAUUCCUAAAAACGGGAUUCUAAUAAUACAUACAGUAAAAGUAAACCUUGAAAUAACUACAUGUCGAUGUAGGUAUGACUUUAUAUUAUAUUAAAAUCAUUAAUAAUUUAGUGAAAAGAUUGGUUGAAAUGAAAAUGUAUAAUACCCAAGUUCAAAAAUAUUUUUUACCUUGGAACAGUUGUCAACUCGAAAUACGAAACAACCGAAAUAAGAUCUAGAGUUGAAAAGGACAUAGCAACAUUUAACAACAUGCAUGAGAAAUAUUUUCACCCAUUGCGACAUAAUAUCUCUCCCACUAAAAAUGCGGCUGCUAAAAUGUUAUUAUUUCCGGUCUUGCUAUAUGGCGCAGAGGCCUGGACAAUAUUGAAAACAUUAAUGAAAAAGCUAGAGGCAUUCGAGAUGUGGGUGUACCCACGUAUCCUCAAAAUAUCCUGGGCGACCCACACCAACGUACAGGUAUUGCGUCGAAUGGGAAAACAAAAAGAAAUCUCUUUUACAAUUAAGAAACGAAAUCUUAAAUAUUUCGGUCAUAUCAUGAGGCAUGAUAAAUAUCGUAUACUCCAACUGAUAACGCAAGGUAAAAUAGAGAGCAAACGCGGAUCCGGAAGAAAAGACACUCAUGACUUAAAAACUUACGCCAAUGAUUUGGACAAAAAUCGAUCGAGUUAUUCAGAAACGCCUCAAAUGAAAUUAAAAUUGCCAUGAUGAUAGCCAACGUCCACAACGGACAAGGCACAUGAAGAAGAAUAAAAAUAUUUUUAAUACACCUAACCAAGGUAAAGUAAUAACCAGCCAAUGUAUGUAUACAAUAUGCAUGCGUACAAUGCAUGCAUACAACUUUCUCUAUUUUUUUUGUGGAGUAUUAGCAUUUAUUUUUUUAGCUUAAAGAAGACAUGGAAAAUUAUAUGGAAUAUACCCUCAGUAAAGCUGUGGUAGAUUUAUUUUUUUACAAGAUGCCAAUAAAUCAUACACCAUUGUUACAUCUACACUACAGUCGGUAGUUUAUACGAAUCGGCUUUCUGAAAACCUUCUUCCAUUUUAUUUGUUUAUUUUUGUAAAACCCAAAAUAUGUCCUUACAAACAGUCUAUCCACUUUAAACUAAACAAAUUCACUAUAAAACUCCACUUUAACUCUGAUAAAACAAGAAGAGAACAAAAUAAAAUGACCUGAAACGUCAAACAGGUAAACAGUAACACUAUGAGAAUGGCGCGCGCUUGGGGUGUGCAACUAGUGACGUCAGGCCAAUAGAGAAGCGUUCUUGAAAUUUAAAAUAAUGCUAGAUUUGUAAUAAAGAUUUUUUAUAGAAAGGCUUUUUCAAUUUUGUUGAAAUUUUGGACAAUUAUUCCUAGGGUGUUUCUUAAUCGUUUUACAUGUUUGAAAUGACUUUUUAAUUUUUUGUGAACAUCCCUAUUGUAUGUAGUAAAUAAAAUUAAUUAAUAAAUGCAGUACUGCAAGCAAAAUACAAUUAUUUAAAUUUACUUUUAUAUAAUAAUUGCUUAUCAUAUCAAUAUUGUGGAGCAACAUACAAUUUUUCUUCUUCAAUCACAGCAGGUAUGAAAUAUACGUCAAUUUGACAAUUUCAAUUGACAAUAUGAUUUAUUUAGGAAAGUUGCAAGAUUUCUCCGCUAUUCGCGCACGAUCCUUUCUCGUAUCCCCUCCAAGUACACUUGCACACCGCGAAUAAACAUCAGAAAAUCACCGAUAUGUUUGAACGGUUUGGCCACUAACAAGAGCGGACUUGUGCAUAUUUCAUAACAAUAUGGUUUUUAAUAUUAAUGGACUUAUUCAGAUUCCAUUUUUAUAAUUUUAGCAAAAUCUAGUCAACUAUAUUAGAAGAAAACAGAUCCGUAGGUAGCUUUUGGAUAAUGCUCACAGAUGCCAUCAAAAGUCUAAAAUUGAAUAUUUUGGACUUAUGCAUUUUUCAUAUUAGGCCGACGAUAUGUACUGUGUGUUGCAUACUUAUUAGUAAAUGUAGAUUUUUAAUUAGAUUUCUGGUGUGUUAUCUGUGGGAGGCUAAAAUAGGAGGUUAUAUUAUAUUAUUCUCCUGCAACUUCCGUUUUAUUCGUAUUUGGAGUAAGCCUCCAGUCACUGAAAUCUUUACCGAGAACUAUCAAAUCUGGUAGUAUGUUGCUUGCGCUAUCUAUUGUGUUAUGCCGAGCGGCUACUGCUAAGUCAUCAGCAAAUUCAUAUUGCCACCGUCGGAGGGGUGGGAGAUAAUAUACAGAUUUAAGAGAAUUGGAGCAAGAACCUAUCCUUGAGGAAGCCCAUUUUGAAAUAUCCUUACCCUGCUCUUAUACUGUCUCCAGUUCUUAUUUGAAAAGACCUAUCGCACAGCAUAUUGUUUAGUACUGUUACACGGUACAGUUGUUGACAAAUUUAAAGAUAGGUCCGUUCCUCCAUACGAUGUGGUACGCAGCAGUUAGAUCAAUAUAAGCUACCUACCGUAGUUUUUAAACCGGCUUCAUAUGUGUGAUAAGACUGAACAGUUGAUCUGUACAGCUGUGACAAGGACGAAGCUCAGCCUGUUCUAUUCGCGAUGAAAAACAAAGUAUCUGACCAAGGGCGGCUCGUGAUAGUAUAAGGUGGUGAGGCACACUACACCUGAGGAAUUUUAUUAUUAUGGUUAGCUUCUCUUUAAUGGCCAGAAGGUUGAUUUUGUGACGUCAUAAUGCUAGGACGAAUCUAGGACCAAUAAUCCCGGACAAAAAAUCCUCUCAAAUUAUCCCUGGACAAGAAAUCCCCAGACAAAUAAUCCCCGGACAAAAAAUCCCGGACAAAUAAUCUACAAAAAUGUUUUAUUCAAAAUAUCCCUACAAAGAAUUCCGGACAAAAAAUCAUCAAGAAAUAUUUGCUGUCGAUUAGGUCUCUAAAACUUUUCCAGUGAAUUAUGCGAUCGACUCAAAUGCUUUCAGCCUCAGUGCAUAUUGAAUUCCAAUUCCAUAUUGAAAACUUCAAGUUUUACACAACAAAAGAGUGUGCGUUUUUUCAAAAAUCGUGGAAGAUAUGGGGAAUGAGCUAGGGCUGUGGGAAUCAUGUUGCAAUAUUAUUCGCUUAAAUCUUUUGCUCACUCUGAUUUUAAUGUAUGUUAAAAAAAAUUACAAAAAAAACACAACCACAGCAUACAACAUUUUUGAAACACUUAAAAACUACUUUUGUAUGUAAACGUCCGAUGUGAAAGUGGAAACGUUAAUAAAAUCAUUUUUUAAGUUAAAUUGUAUAAUGUUAUUUCUCAUUUAGAAUAAUAAAUUACAUAAAUGCCACAAAGAAAAAAUAGCUUCAUAACAAUAUAUUAGAUGAUGAUGAACAAUGAUUUAAAAUGAACACUGUUUUAAAUACAUAUCCAUAAACUUCUAAAAUAUAAUAAGCCACUCGUAUAUACCGCGCGUACAUAGAAAGCUAUGAUCUACAAUCGACUUGUGCUUGUACUAGUCGGUUCAGUUCGGCUAUUCCCAUUCCGUUCCGCGGAGCCUGAGGCCGUUCGGCUAUUCCUAUUCCGUUGCGCGGAGCCGGAGGCAAGCCUCAAGGAUGGAUGAAUUUUGUUCCUAGAAUCGGUGGCACAUUUUUCAAAUUUUGCCGGUUUUACUGUUGGCGUUGUCGCAUACUGUUGCAGAUGGUGUGAGGCAUGCUUCAACUGUAAUGAUUUGAGAAAGUUGGAAUGGCACGUGGAAGACGGAUAUAUAAGAUAAGAUAAAGAGUCAGGGCCGUACCGAUUAUUUUAAUUUUUUUCAUAAAAAUAAAGGUAUUUAGGAAAUUUCAAAAAGCUAAAUUAUAUUUAAAAAACUGAUUAUAAAACAACGAAAUAACGUAAAUAGUCGAUUGAUAUACUGGUGAGGCACUGCCUCAUAGGACAAGCCGCCACUGUAUCUGACCUCUGGUGGAAUAAAUUUAAACCACUAUAAGUGGUAUAAACAAACCAGAAAAUUGUUGAUUUGAACGGAAUUUGGUCACUAUUAAGAAAUUUUUAGUAAAUUUCAGCAUUUUGAGUACACUAAAAUAUUUUAAAUCAAAUCGGUAUUGCUCUGUUCCUCAGUUGAAUGUUUGUUUAUACCAUUUAUAUCGGCCAUUUUCCUGCAUUCGACCUGCCCUCUAUAUUCAGGUUUAAUCGCGAAUUGGUACAGUAUUAAAGGUCAUGUACGAAUCGUAUUCAACUCUCUCUACCAGUGUUUUGAUUCUUCCGUUUACUAUAUAAUUUUAUAAGAAAAUGCCAAAAUUUUAAUUAUAAAGCCCGUAGAUGCCUGUAUUUUUUUAAGUCCCUGGCUGAGCUGAAAAUACAGUAGAGUAAUAAGUUUUCUGUCACUUUGACGUUUUCGACAUAUUCUCAAAGUAAAAGUGUGAGGUUAUGUUGACUGGAUGAAAAUAAACAGCUGAAAACGUACCAGAAUUGAUAAUGUAUAAGUUAUAUUUGACCAUUAUGUGUCAAAAAAGAAUGUGUGAUACAUUUUUAAAAAUAUUUUCCAUAGUAUGAAGCUGUCGUACCCAAAAAUCCUUACAAUUUUUUUAGCACUGUUUUGUGUUAAUCUAGUACGGCUUUAACUUAACCCACAUUCACCUAUAUUUUUGACAAUUUAUACAUGUUUUUAACGAGUUUGCAUUUUUAUAUUUAUAGAUUCAUAAUUUUUUUGGUUUGGGCUUAAAUUCAGAGAACUGACUAUUUGGUCACACGGUACAACCAAAAAUGUUUUUAAUUAUUUUGUUUAAUAAAGAUUUUUUGUUUGG